AUGCACGCCAACCCCCCGGCCCUGAUGAACGACUCGCCGAUCUCCGUCGAUCGGCGAUCCAUCGACCUCGGCGGGUCCCUCCAGUCCCUUGAGGCCCUGGCGCCGGGCGGGCCCGCGGGCGCGCAGCUUGGGGGAGAUCGGUCGCCCAUCAUGACCCCGUCGCUGAGCCCGUGUUCCUCGCCCGGGGUGCUGAUCCACGACGGCAUGGGCGCGGCCACAUCCACGGGGUCCGUGGGAGGGAUCAAUUCCAACGCUGGCUCCCCCGCAAGACCGUGUUUCUCGCGCUUGAGCGGCUACACGAAUGAUGAGUCGGUGAGGAGGACGAUGGAGGGGUCGCCCUUCGUGUCGGCACCUCCCACCCUGCUGCAGGGCGUCCUGGGAUCGCCAGCGGUCGUCCAGUCCAGUCCGGCCCAGUCCUGUCCAGUCGUCCAGUCGCCCGACUGCGGCCUGACCGCAACCGACCCCCUUCGAAUGUGCCACAGCGCCACGGUGCCGGAGCGCGUGUCCAUCUGGAGCCCGCUGGUCUCGCCCAUCCAGCCAAUCGGUUCCGGUUCACCAAUACAACCCACGGGCUCGGCUUCGCCCAGGCUUCGGAGCAGCUUCGGGGACCUUCCGCACCUGUGGAGCCCGGAGGGGUCGCGCGCAGGCCACGCGACCUCGCCCCAGACUUCCCCGACGGCGCACCCCGGACACGUGGCCCCGCCCCAGAUUUGUCCGACAGCGUGCGUCGGCCACGUGGCGCGAGGCGGUAUUUCUCGGGCGGCGCGUGCCAGCCACGUGGCCCCCGGCGAGAUGUCGCCGACGUCAGGCCGGGGAGUCGCCGACGCGGUGCGGCGGUGCGUGGAGGAGGCGCGCGCCGCGAGGCCCCAGGUUUCUCCAGAUUGGACCCUAAGGACCCAUGUUUCGCCGGAGAGGACCCUGGGUCCCCAGAGUUCGCCGGAGCGGGCUCUUGGGCCCGAGGAGGGGCGCGUGGGAGCCCACCAGAGGGCGGGGCACCGGAUGGGGAGGGUGCUGAGCCACUGCGGGGGGGCGGUGAUGACCGUGGACGGCGUGCCAGGGCAGAUGGGGCAGAAGCGUGGGGCGGUGGGGAGGAGGGCCAUAUGGGCAGGCGCGGCCAAGAGGGACGAAGUCGAGCCGCCCUUCAAGUGGAUCAUGCCCAGCG